AUGCCUCCAAAGCGAGCGCGUAACACCUCGCCAGCGGCAGAGCGUCGCGAGCGCCUGACCCUGGCCAAACUGGCCAGCUAUGACGAUGUCGCAACUGAUGCGCUGGUGGAUCACGCUUACUUCUGGACCACCACACGCAAGAACCGCACCAAAUACAGUCCUGCCCGCGGUAUCCACGACGACGAUAUUGGGCGCAUUCUUCUCCACGAUGUUAUUGUCGACAGAGAUAUCACAAGUGCCGAGCGCCAGCUGCUGGAGAUCUCAGGACUCAAGAAAUAUCUGACAAAUCUCCGCAGUCCUCGCGAAAAGGAAUGGUUUCGCCGCCACCUCCGCAAAUACAUCCAAAUGUAUCUCCCUGACUGCCCGUUCGAGGUCACCACCACCAACCGAUACAUUAUCACGCAACAUGAGGCUGCAAUCUGUGCCCGCAGAUUUAUUAAGAAAGGCGAAGAGAUCAAAUACUUGAGCGGAACCCUCGUGUCCAUGACUCAUGAAGAAGAGACGGACCUUGGCCUAACGCGCAAAGACUUCAGUAUCGUCAUGUCUAGUCGUCGUAAAACCCCAUCUUUCUUCUUGGGACCCGCUCGCUUUGCGAAUCAUGACUGUGAUGCCAAUGGUAGUUUGGCAACGCGUGGAAACGAGGGCAUGUCUGUUCUAGCCAUGCGCGACAUCUACGAGGGAGAAGAGAUCACGGUAUCUUACGGCGAAGAUUAUUUUGGCAUUGAUAACUGUGAAUGCCUGUGCUCCACCUGCGAACGAGCGAUUCGAAAUGGCUGGUCUUUACAAAUUGAUUCGGACCAGGACAGCAAAGAAUCUAGCCCAGUUUCGACUGAAGCCACUCCCGUCGAGGAUGCUACUGGAAGUAGGAAACGCCGCCAUAGCUCUGAGACAGAGUCUGAUUCUUCUUCAAUCGUGUCAUGUUCUACCCCGCGAAAGCGAGCAAAGUUCCAGCGACAAGUGUCUAAACUGCGAAAAGAGAUAUCCGCUUCUGAGCUCGCUGGUGAAGCAGCCUCAGCCUCAGAGUCAGACUUCAUCACCCCAGACACGGAACUUGUCCCAACUCCUAUUUUGACCGGCGAUAUACCGAAGGCAUCCAAAUUGAGACAGGAGCUCACAGACCUCACUCCAGAACCCACUCCAAUAGACUCACCACUCCCACCACUAGCCACAGAACCUGAGCAACAAAGCACGUCUUUAACAGAAGACUCAAAUCAGUCCCAAAUCUUGCAGGCUGCCCUUCCUGAAUCUCCCGACUCUAACGCCGAUGAGUCUCCACGGUCGUUGACGUCAACCACACCGACAACCAUAGGUGACAUCGGAUUGAGAAUUAAGACCGAGGAGACCGGAGACUUGAACCAGAAAGAGCCCGCAGCAUCAAAUGGUAAGGAUCAUGCCGAUAUCCCAGCCGAGGGUCAGCUCGACCUCAUGACUCCUCCGAAGGACACGUUCCCAAAGGAGGAACAGCCAAACUUAUCGGAAUCCCUUGAAGUAGAUGAGACGAGUCCCGAAAAGCCCAAAACUCGGAAGAAACGGAGCAGGCGCCGAUUCAUAGUUGACUCUGUGGAAAGCGACGCUCAGAUUGCCCGAGUUCCUGGUGACUAUACCAAGACAUCGCGGCUGCUUGCUCAGAGAUAUGACCGCUGGGUGGAGUGUCAAACCUGUGACGAUUGGUUCGUUCAGUCGAACUCAUACUUAACACGACGCGAAUGCCCUCGUUGCGAGCGCCACUCCAAGUUGUACGGAUUCCAAUGGCCAAACACCGAUAAGAGCCCGGAUGGCGACGACCGAGUCAUGGAUCACCGUACUGUCCAUCGAUUUUUGUCCCCUGACGCUCAAUCCCGCGUCAGUCGCCGAGGACGGGGUGUCAGUUUUGGCGUUACUCCGACACCGGAAUUGUCUGAUACACACACACCCGAAGCAGAGACUAGCGACGCAAUCGAGACUCGUCGCGAUGCUCGGGCAAGUCGGCGUCGCACUCGAGAACUUCGGAUGACUAUGUAA